CGAUGCGGAAGCGCCAAGGGAAAGACUACAUUUCCCAAAAAAGCCUGAAAAGCCCUGCGCUCCCCCGCCGGAAGGAGUCUGUUAACACGAGGUUGUAAGUGCGGGGCUUCAGGGGUGAGCUGCUGGUGAGGCGGUCAGCGCAAUGCCCAAGGCUAAGGGCAAAACUCGGAGGCAGAAGUUCGGCUAUAAUGUCAACCGAAAGCGUCUGAAUCGGAAUGCUCGACGGAAGGCAGCGCCACGGAUCGAGUGCUCGCACAUCCGACAUGCCUGGGACCACGCCAAAUCCGUGCGGCAGAACCUGGCGGAGAUGGGGUUGGCCAUGGAUCCCAACAAGGCGGUUCCCCUCCGUAAGAAAAAGGUGAAGGCCAUGGGCAUGGACAUUGACGUGGAGGAGAGGCCUAAGGAGCUUGUGCGGAAGCCCUAUGUGCUAAAUGAUCUAGAAGCAGAAGCCAGCCUCCCAGAAAAGAAAGGAAACACCCUGUCUCGGGACCUCAUUGACUAUGUCCGCUACAUGGUGGAGAACCAUGGAGAGGACUAUAAGGCCAUGGCUCGGGAUGAGAAGAAUUACUAUCAAGAUACCCCCAAACAAAUUCGGAAUAAGAUCAACGUCUAUAAACGUUUUUACCCAGCAGAGUGGCAAACUUUCAUCGAUUCUUUGCAGAAGAAUAAAAUGGAGGUUGAGUGACUGGUUUAUACCUGUUUCAGGCUGAGGCUUUUCCGGGACCAGUGAAGCUGGAGCCAGAGUUUAAGGCAGAGAGAGAGUGUGUGGCUUUAGAUGAGAUUGGCUAAUCCUGUGGAAUCAGGUUACAUUCCUCCUCCUUGGGAAAGGAACUGUCUCUGAGACUCCAAUUUAUAUUCCUUUAGGAGCUCUCAGAAAUGCCAGAACUUGUUUUCAGAGUGGGUACUUUAUUUGAGUAUGU